CCCUCCCUUUCCCGCCUCCUCUCCGAGUCCUCCCAUCGCGACGGAGCGUCCCUGGGAGGGGGCAGCCCAGGCCCAGAGCAGGGAGCUGAGGGCUCGCCCGUGCCAGUCGCCGCCGGGGCGCGUUCCGGUGCCGCGGCGGAUGGCACAGGCUGGCAGCCACAGGCUGAGUGCCCGGGACCCGAGGGGAGGGGGCAACUGCUGGCGACCGCCGGCCCUUUGCGUCGCUGGCCCGCCCCUCGCCUGCCCCGGCGAGGCUCCAGCCCCGCCCCCGGAGCGGCUUCGGUUCACUCAGCUCAAGGCAGCGCGACUUCGGGGGGCGCACGACCAGGGCGCAGGCCUUGGGGCGCGCGGCCCAUGGAGUCGGGGCUGCUGCGGCCGGCACCGGUGAGCGAGGUCAUCGUCCUGCAUUACAACUACACCGGCAAGCUCCGCGGUGCACGCUACCAGCCCGGGGCUGGCCUGCGCGCCGACGCCGUGGUGUGCCUGGCGGUGUGCGCCUUCAUCGUGCUAGAGAAUCUGGCUGUGCUGUUGGUGCUCGGACGCCACCCACGCUUCCACGCGCCCAUGUUCCUGCUCCUGGGCAGCCUCACAUUGUCGGAUCUGCUGGCCGGCGCUGCCUACGCUGCCAACAUCCUGCUGUCGGGGCCGCUCACACUGCGACUGUCGCCUGCGCUCUGGUUCGCGCGGGAAGGAGGCGUCUUCGUGGCACUCGCGGCAUCCGUGCUGAGCCUCCUGGCCAUCGCGCUAGAGCGUAGCCUCACCAUGGCGCGCAGGGGGCCGGCACCCGCCGCCAGUCGGGGACGCACGCUGGCUAUGGCAGCCACGGCCUGGGGCAUGUCGCUGCUCCUCGGGCUCCUGCCGGCGCUGGGCUGGAACUGCCUGGGUCGCCUGGACGCCUGCUCCACAGUCCUGCCGCUCUACGCCAAGGCCUACGUGCUCUUCUGCGUGCUGGCCUUCGUGGGCAUCCUGGGCGCGAUCUGUGCGCUCUACGCGCGGAUCUACUGCCAGGUGCGCGCUAACGCGCGGCGCCUGCGGGCCCGGCCCGGAACUGCCGGGGCCACCUCGACCCGGGCGCGUCGCACGCCGCGCUCGCUGGCCCUACUCCGCACGCUCAGCGUGGUGCUCCUGGCUUUUGUGGCGUGUUGGGGCCCCCUCUUCCUGCUGCUGUUGCUCGACGUGGCGUGUCCCGCGCGCGCCUGUCCUGUGCUCCUGCAGGCCGAUCCCUUCCUGGGAUUGGCUAUGGCCAACUCACUUCUGAACCCCAUCAUCUACACUCUCACCAACCGCGACCUGCGUCACGCGCUCCUACGCCUAGUCUGCUGCGGCCGCCACCCCUGCGGCCGAGGCCCGGGUGGCUCCCGGCAGUCCGGGAGCGCGGCUGAGGCUUCCGGGGGCCUGCGCCGCUGCCUGCCCCCGGGCCUGGAUGGGAGCUUCAGCCGCUCGGAGCGCUCGUCGCCUCAGCGCGACGGGCUGGACACCAGCGGCUCCACAGGCAGCCCCGGUGCGCCCACAGUCGCCUGGACCCUGGUACCAGAACCGGCUGCAGACUGACACCCGCGGCCCACGACUGUCCUCCCAAGUUUUACAGACUUUUUCUUUUUAUAUAAAGGAAUGUGUAGGGAAUGCAGCCGAAGGUGCAGUAGGAAAAGAGGCAGGGGAAAUGUGUUGGUGGAGCGACACCCCGCAGCAGUGAACAGACAAACAUCUGUGCCCUAGCGGAACUGACGCUCUGCUUGGGAACACAGAAAAGAACUCGGUGACGAGAUAAUGGAGAUAAUUCCAGUGACCACACCGAAAUGGCGAUGGUGGUCAGGGAAGGCCUCUCUGUAGCGCUGGUGACUUGUGAUGUGAGCUGAGACCUCUGUCCUGGGAAGACCAAAUGAAAAGGCAUUUCUGAGCCGGGCGCGGUGGCUCACCCCUGUAAUCCCAGCACUUUGGGAGG